GAAUCAAGGCUAAAGGAUCAGUUGAUCACGAAUGCUGGUGUCUACCCAGUGCAUUUAGAAUCUUCCCAAUAUCUCGAAUAUGGAUGAGGAACUGGGUGAUCAGAACCAUCACUUCAGUGAGCACGAUUUAGAUGCAAUCACCAACAAGAUCAGUGACCUGGGAAAAUGGAGAGAAAUCUUCAGUCAACAAGGAUUACAAUUCAAAGAUACUGUGGUGAAGAAGUAUCCAGACAGCCGUAAGGUUGAGGAUGAGAGUGAAGAUGGAGCAGGGACACAUCAGUCCAGCAGCAUUAAAUCUCGUAGUCACUUCACCGCCUUCAGUGUUCCGUAUUGCGUCCCAAAAGCAUUUGUUGUGUCUUCAAACUUAGGCAGCCUGCCCAUCACACUGGAGACAGCAGUGGCGCUGCGGAAGGCUCUGUUUGGGACAGCAUUUCAAGUUUUCAAUUACGAAUGGAAGAAAUCCCACUUUAAAUUCCGAGAUCCCUAUUCAGAUCUGGCAUAUGCGCUGCAGGCAGAGAGGGGUGGCAUCAGAUCUAUUCAGAUGGCAGUGCAAGCAUAUAUUCUCAAGUACCUGCUGUUCACCCGAAACAGUGACUUGGAAAGCCAGAAUAUUAAGUGCCUGCUUGGAGUGAGCCUUAAAGAGCAAGAAAAUGCGCUGGCAGCAGCUCUGUCUGACAUUCUGUGGACAGCAGGGGAAGGAGUCAAGAGCUUUGUUUGUUUGGUGACUGCUGACUGCUAUUUUGCCCCGACAAUCGACUACAAAACGGACAGCUACACCGAAAGACUCCAGCUCUUCCAGUUCACUGAGAGGGAAAAGCUGCAAAAUUUUAUUGCCGAACAUAUACACUGUUUUAAAGGUGAAGGAAGUCAUGCAGUCAUUCUGUUCCUCUACAGUUUACUCUUGUCAAGGACCUUGGAAAGGCUCUAUAAUGACAUGGACUGUACAACGCCUCACCUCUUGCAGGUGAGCCUAGGAAACUUCGUCUGUACACAAGCCCUCAUAAACCUCAUGCUCACUGGGAGAGCUAGUCCGAACGUUUUCAAUGGAGAUCUACAAUAUGAUAACAAAGGUGUCCUGCUUAAAGAACCAAAGCAUGGAGUCCUUGCCCGAAGUGAUGUGGGCUAUCUCUACUGGAACAGACAUGAGCUAGACCAUGAGAAGCUCCCACAGGUUGGAAGCAUGUUGAAAACUCCUAAGCUCCCGAUAUGGCUGUGCAACAUCAAUGACACUUUCAGUGUACUGUUCAACACCAAUAGACUUCUCUUGUCUGACUGGAGGAUGGAGCAUCUCUUCGAUCUGUAUUUUUACAGCGGCCAGUCUUCGCAGACAAAAACCGUCACUCUAACAAUCGAUACUCACUCUCACCACUGGGAGGAUGGGACGCGUGAGAAGGAAGAAGAUCCGGAGAAGAGGUUCCCCUCAGUGGAAAUGACCAUUCGCACGAAGUGGGAAGGAGCUGCAAUUGACUGGAAUGGAACUGUACCAUUUUUCUGAAUCCCAGCAAGGGAUUCACAGGAGACUGUUAAACCAUGACUAACUGUGUAGU